UGACGCGCGGUGACGGCCUGGGCCCGGCCCGGGGCGGGGCAGGCCGGGGCGAUGGCGGGCAUGGCGGAGGCGCUGGCGAAGGAGCGGGCGGCGGCGCUGGGCGCGGGGCGACACGGCCACGCCGUCCCUUACCUGGGCCAGCGCUUCGGGGCGCUGCGGCAGGAGUGCCUGCAGGCGGGGCGCCUCUUCCACGACCCCUCCUUCCCCGCCGGCCCCGCCGCGCUCGGGUACAACGAGCUGGGGCCCGGCUCCUACAAGACGCGGGGCGUCGAGUGGCGCAGACCCACGGAGCUGUGUGCCAGCCCGCAGUUCAUAGCCGGCGGAGCCACGCGUACGGACAUCUGCCAAGGGGCCCUAGGGGACUGCUGGCUCUUGGCAGCUAUUGCCUCUCUCACCCUGAAUGAAGAAAUUCUGGCCCGUGUUGUUCCCAACGACCAAAGCUUCCAGGAUGAAUAUGCAGGAAUCUUCCACUUCCAGUUCUGGCAGUACGGGGAGUGGGUGGAUGUUGUGGUGGAUGACCGGCUGCCCACCAAGAACGGGGAGCUGCUCUUCGUGCACUCAGAGGAGGGCAGUGAGUUCUGGAGCGCGCUGCUGGAGAAGGCCUAUGCCAAGCUGAACGGAUCGUAUGAGGCUCUCUCUGGUGGCACCACCACUGAAGGCUUUGAGGACUUCACUGGUGGAAUUGCAGAAUGGUAUGAGCUGCAGAAGGCACCACCCAACCUCUUCAAAAUCAUUCAGAAAGCACUGGAGAAAGGCUCUCUUCUGGGCUGCUCCAUCGAUAUCACCAGUGCGGCCGAAACGGAGGCAGUCACAUCCCAGAAGCUGGUGAAGGGACACGCGUACUCUGUCACCGGGGCAGAAGAGGUGAACUUCAGGGGAAGUGUCCAAAGGCUGAUCAGAAUCCGAAAUCCCUGGGGGGAAGUGGAGUGGACCGGGAAAUGGAAUGACAACUGCCCAAACUGGAGUGGCAUUGACCCGGAGGUGCGGGAGCGUCUGACAAGGAGACACGAAGAUGGGGAGUUUUGGAUGGCGUUCAAUGACUUCUUGAGGCAUUACUCCCGCCUGGAGAUCUGCAAUUUGACUCCAGAUACCCUGGCAAGUGACAGGUACAAGAAGUGGAGCCUGCUGAAGCUGGAUGGGAACUGGAGGCGAGGAGCUACUGCAGGGGGCUGCAGGAAUUACCCGAACACUUUCUGGACGAAUCCACAGUAUUUAAUCAAGCUGGAGGAAGAAGAUGAGGAUCCUGAUGAUCCUGAGAGGGGCUGCACUUUCCUCAUUGGCCUGAUUCAGAAGCAUCGGAGGAAGCAGAGGAAGAUGGGAGAGGACAUGCACACUAUCGGCUUUGCAAUUUAUGAGGUGCCCCCAGAGUUUUCUGGCCAGACGAAUAUUCAUCUGAGCAAAAACUUUUUCCUGACAAACAAAGCAAGAGAAAAAUCCAAUACUUUUAUCAACCUCCGAGAAGUGCUGAACCGGUUCAAGCUCCCUGCAGGAGAAUAUAUUGUUGUGCCAUCUACCUUCGAACCCAACAAAAAUGGAGACUUCUGCCUCCGAGUCUUCUCUGAAAAAAAUGCGAACUCAAAGGUUAUAGAUGAUGAAAUUGAGGCCAAUUUUGAAGAGACUGAGAUCAGUGAAGAUGACAUUGAACCUAGCUUCAAAAAGCUUUUUGGACAGCUAGCAGGAAGUGAUGCAGAGAUCUCUGCCUUCGAGCUGCGCAGUAUCUUGAAUAAAAUCAUGGCUAAACGCCAAGAUAUUAAAUCUGAUGGCUUUAGUAUCGAGACAUGCAAAAUAAUGGUUGACAUGUUAGAUAAUGAUGGGAGUGGAAAACUGGGACUGAAGGAGUUCCACACACUCUGGACAAAGAUUCAGAAAUAUCAGAAAAUUUACAGGGACAUUGAUGUGGAUAAAUCUGGUACCAUGAAUUCGUAUGAGAUGAGGAGAGCGCUGGAAGCAGCAGGGUUCAAGUUGAACUGCCAGUUACAUCAAAUCAUCGUGGCUCGUUUUGCUGACGAAGAUCUCAUCAUUGACUUUGAUAACUUUGUCCGGUGUUUGAUUCGGCUGGAAACCUUGUUCAAAAUGUUUAGAAAAUUGGAUACUGAGAAAACUGGAACAAUAGAAUUGAACCUCGUGACUUGGCUGUGCUUCACUGUCAUUUGAGCUACUUCCAUCAGCCCAAGAUGCUUCAAAAAGAUCAGGUGGAGAUAAUCAAGCAACAUACAACGCAAAAACAAUAAUAUCCUAAAGUGAAUGUGCCUUAACUUACAAAUAGGAAUUUUGCAUAUCAUUAGAAAGAAGAAAGAGGGCUAGUGCAACAGCAGAAGAAUCUGCAACCUCAUUUUAUAGGCGUAACAGUCUUUAUUUGCUACUAUAUAUCCUCUGUACAACUUUAAUUCAGUAUAAAUUCUCAGUGUACCUUUUGAAAAUAUUGCUUUGCUAAUAUCUUUAUAUUUAAAAUGUUUUACAUGAAUUCUGGAAGAAAGCUCAGACUAAUGGACUGGUUGAGUAAGUGCUUUUUGCAUAGCAGCACCACAAGGUCCCACCUAUCUGAAGUUAGAAAAGGGAUGGUGUUGCAUUAUCUCAGCACACAGAUGGUUGGACAAGGUCUAGGUCCCCUGUGUGUUUUCUGUUAAGAUCUAGCUUUAUUUGGGUUAAAUAUUCUUUGAAGGAUUUGACUAACAAGUACACACUUUAACAAACUGAAGACAAGUCUUUGCAUCCUGACCCUUUAUGUCCCUGUAGCAGGAGGCUGUUGGCAACCAGACUCUUGCAAGAUAAAGCAUGUGCUCUCAGGUUUUGAGUUCCUGUAUCUUAUUUAUCUUCCUCUGAAAUACAAGAAAGUACUUAAAUAAAAAGAUAACAGUGGAA